GUCUGAACCACGCAACACACGCCGUCAUCCUCGGGAGAUCUGGUUGCUCGCUCUGGAACCAUGCGGUCCCUACGACCACCGAUUUCCGUCACUUAGGCUACGCGCAACAUCGCGGAAAACCACAAACGACCCCCAACGCACAACCACCUACCAUGGCCAUGGCAAUCCCGGUAAUCACGCGCUCACCGCCCGGAGGGACACCUAUCAAACCCCCACCAACUAAACAAUACAACCCUCGCCAAACACGCUCCUACGCCCCCGGCCCCCUGCCCACAAAACUCUCCUCCACCGCGCCCCGCAACGCCCGCAUAACAGCCCGCAUCAUCUCCCCCCUCACUGGAGCCGUGCACUACGACCUCUCCAUAGGCGACGUCCCGCUCCCGGAUGUCACUGUGGAGGAGAUUCUGGACUAUGUUUCCCCGCUUGAACUUGAGGCAUGGGAGCAUGCGCAGUUUGAAGAGGAGAGGGGGGUGCUGGCGGCGUAUGAGGCUGCUAGGGAGGAGGAGAGGGCUGCGCUUGCUGAUGAGAGGAGGGAACGCGCGAAGUUGAGGGGCGUGGGGGGUUGGGAGGAGGUCAGUAGUUCUGACGGGGAGGAGGGGACUGGUUCGGAAGGGGAGAAUGGUCAGCCGGAAGCGGAGGUGGGGAAACAUGGGCGCGCGAGACCGACGUAUACGCAUCUGUUCAAGGUGCCGGAGAUACAGAGGAGGAGGAGGGUGCGGUCGAGUACGGAGGAGGAUGAGGGGCGACGGGUUACUUCCACCGUGGAGGACGAGCGGGUUGUCCGAUCUAGUGAAUCCGUUCCGGGCGUGCCUGAGAAGCGGCGACGCAGGAAACGGGAUAAGAUCACGGGUGAACUCCUUCCGUUGUCUCCUCGCGGCGAGCAGCCGCAGCAACAGCUGGCACCGAAGGUCAAACGCCCCCGACGAAGACGACAUCCGAUUACGCGCGAGCUGAUGCCGUUGGGCUGGCGAUAUGAUCCUACUACCAACGACCAGACCAGGAACAAUGACGAGAGCGAUGAUGAUCAUGUGUCGCCCAACUCGUUCCAGCAUCUGCGUAUAUCUCCGACCGCAAAACGGCCACGACUUGAUAUGGAGAGCUCAAUGUCGCGCUCCAUCUCCCCGGCACCGAGCAAAAUCAAGAUUGCGGAGCGAGUUGCAGUCCCUACUCCCAGCAAGGUGUCGCCUGCCAAAGCAUUGAGCAAACCCGAUUCAACUCCCAGAUCGAAUUUGCCCGCAUCUGUCAAGCCGACUCCUCGACUCUCGCAACCUGUCCCGGUAAUCGACAUGACUUCCUCUCCCGAACCCGAACCCGAAAUCCGCGUCGCUCAAACGAAAUCUCCACGGCCUACUCACACCUCACCGCAAAAAGCCAGAACCUCACUGAUCCACCCCACCGCCCCUCUCAGCUCCAGCUCCUCAUCCGCAUCCGAAGAUAGCGAUGAUAAUGACGAAGACGAAUGGGUCGUGGAAUCCAUUCUCUCCCACCAAUACUCCGAUCCUCGAACCCAUCCGGCUUCCGCAGGAACGAAACCAAUCAUGCUCUACCAGACGAAGUGGGUCGGCUCAGAGGAGGUGACGUGGGAGCCACUGGACAGUUUUGGGGAUUGGGGCGUUGUGACAGAAUACAGACGCAAGGCAGGCUUGAGGCCCGAACCAAGUGAUGACGAACAUGAACAAGGGGCUCCUCAAAUCGAGGGCAAUGACGACAACGACAACGAUGACAACGAGGAAGAAGAUGAUGAGGCCGACGGCGACGAAUUCGAAAUCGAAGCCAUCCACGCUCACCACCUGUCCGAUCCGCGCACGCAUCCUGUCGAGCUGGGCAAGAUGCCGGUGAUGCUGUAUGAGGUGAAGUGGAAGGGGUGGGAGGAGACAACGUGGGAGCCGGUGGGCAGUUUUGUCGAUGCGAGGAUUUUGGGGGAGUAUCAUCGCCGGGUGGGGCUGUAGGGACUUUUUAUCUUUGACUUUCCAUUUCGUCGACGAGACGGUAUAAGACGCAUGAGUUUUUGCCUUAUCAAUGAUUGUUGGUAUGAUGCAGGCGGAUAUUCCAGACGUCCGCGGACAGCAGCGGGUAUUGGUCAAAAUUUGUCAGCAUUCAAGCGCGCAGUGCAAUGCUUCGGCCUCGAAACCCAACCCUCCAACUCGUCC